AUGGCCUUUGAAUUGAAUAUGCAUGACGCCUCCCCCGUGCCUACUCUUCCGCACCCACAUGAAAGUGGUCGCAUGCACAUGUCCUCAUUGUCGUCGUCCUCAUCCAUAUCCGACGUUGAAUCAGAACGCCGGGGGCGACUUGAACGCCCGCGUAUGGCGAGUCGCAAGCCCUCCGCAUCCAUACUAGUCCCCCGGGACCACCCUGAAAUUGAAAUUGAAGAAGAAGAGUUCCCUCCCGACGACGCCCGCGCCAUGAGUCCGCGACGCAACUCGGCUGAUUUAGAGCGUCUGGGCAAAGAAGCUCGUCAAACGCUUCAAGAGCAAGCCAAGGCUCUUCAGUCGUCUCUGCAAGCUCUGGCCGAGCGCAUUGAAGCAGUCAAAUCCGAUCAUGAUAAAUUGGAGAGUGAGAACAAGAUCCUACAAGAUUACAUCGGAGGUCUCACACGCAACAUGACCAAGAGCGAGAUGACCCGCAGUGCAAAAGGCCGAAAGGCUCAAAAAUAG